AUGUGGCUACCCGCGGUCAGCACCGACGUUCUCAUCGCAUUUACAUGCCUCUAUGGCUUCUGCUCUGGGAUCUUCAUCUCCGUCACACCAUCUGCCGUGGCACAAAUCACGCUCGAAGCGAAAAUCGGCGCCAGACUCAGUGCUUUCUCGACUUGUACUGCCGUCGCAACCUUGAUUGGUACUCCGAUCGGUGGAGCUUUGAUUCGAGAGGAGACGCGGGCUGGAUAUCAGCCUCUGAUCAUCUUUUCAGGCUGUACACUCAUUGCCGGCGGUGCCAUGAUAUUUACCAGCCGGCUGUUACACGGAAAAGACUUGAUGAAGCGAUGGUGA